AUCUUCGCUAGCCAGUCAGCUAGCAGAUUCUUACUGUGCAGUCAUCAUAUACCAUAUGCUCUGCUGGGCACUGGGGGUACAGUGGUAAGUGAGACAGGGAAACAGGCCCACCCUCCUAUCUGAUGGGGAAGGUAGGCAUUAAAUGACUACAAAUAAUUAAGUAAAUUACAAGAGUGGAAGAGAUGCUUCAGGGAGAGUCCGAGGACAUUAUUGGAUGCUAUAUUGGGAGACCCUACUGUGUGAGGGUAAAGGAAGUUGAAGUUAACCUUACAGAGGUGAAGUUUAGGGUAAGAUCUGAAGGGUGAGUUGGAUUAGCCAGAAGAAGAGGGGGUGGAGGGCCUUCCUGGCAGAGAAACAGCCCUUGGGACAACUCUAAAUUAGGUGGAGGAGAGUGUGAGUGAUCCAGGACCAGAAAUGUCUGGUGGCACCAGUUGAGGGUGUGGAGAGGGGCCACAUCACGUGCAGCCUGGUACCCAGGCAACAGAAUGCACACUUAGUCACAGGGCAGGAGGAAGACGUUGAAAGAUUUUUAUCAAGGGAGUGACAUGAUCAGAUUUGCCUUUAACUUUCAUUUCCACUUGGGUUGCUGUGUGGAGUAGUGUCCAGAGGUGGGAGAGAAGGCCAUCCAGGCAGACCAGUAAGGUGGCUACAGCAAUUGUCCAGUUGCAGAGGAGAGUGGUCACUUAUGGUCAGAGGAGCAGCCUGCUCAGCCUCUCCAGGUGGGGUCUGUGUACAUGAGUGAGGAGGAGCCUUCACGUGGCCCGAUGGGCCAAGACACAUCCGCAGAAGAGGCUGACGCAGUGCUGGGGCUGGACACCGAUGGUGACCACAUGGCGAUGUUGUCUGUGAUUCCCGGGGAGGCCGAGGACAAACUGAGCUCAGAGCCCAGUGGCGGAACCUGCAGGGCUGGAGGGGAGGAGGACUCGCGGUGCAGCCUUGGAGAGAGCGUCUUCUCUCUGGACAGCGCUGGGGCAGGCUUCCCUGAGAGAGAGGAGGAGUAUUACACAGAGCCGGAGGGGGCGGAAUCGGACCCAGCCCCACCAGAGGACUCCAAUAACACCGAAAGUCUGAAGUCCCCAAAGGUGAACUGCGAGGAGAGAAAUGUGACGGGAUUAGAAAAUUUCACCCUGAAAAUUUUAAAUAUGUCACAGGACCUUAUGGAUUUUCUAAACCCAAAUGGUAGUGACUGCACACUAGUCCUCUUUUACACCCCUUGGUGCCGCUUUUCUGCCAGUUUGGCCCCUCAUUUUAAUUCUCUGCCCCGGGCAUUUCCAGCUCUUCAUUUUUUGGCCUUGGAUGCAUCUCAGCACAGCAGCCUUUCUACCAGGUUUGGCACUGUAGCUGUUCCUAACAUCUUGUUAUUUCAAGGAGCUAAACCAAUGGCUAGAUUUAAUCAUACAGACAGAACAUUGGAAACGCUGAAAAUCUUCAUUUUUAACCAGACAGGUAUAGAAGCCAAGAAAAAUGUGGUAGUCACUCAAGCUGAUCGAAUAGGCCCUCUUCCCAGCACUCUGAUGAAAAGUGUGGACUGGUUGCUUGUAUUUUCCUUAUUCUUUUUAAUUAGUUUUAUUAUGUAUGCUACCAUUCGAACUGAGAGUAUUCGGUGGCUGAUUCCAGGACAAGAGCAGGAACACGCAGAGCAGUGAUGGACUGAAAGGAGUCGGAAAGAGGGAUUUCAGUCCUUCAUUUCAGAAAAUACUGCAGUUUCAUGCAUUUUCUCCAGUGAAGUGUUGACUUACAACGUCAGUCAGAUUAAAAGAAUCAUGCAUUUGAGCUGCUGAAUGUGUAAAAACAUUAUAAACUGGUGUUUUAACUAGUAUUGCAAUAAGCAAAUGCGAAAAUAUUCCAUAGAACUUCCCAUUCUUGUCUUUACUACUGGAACAGAAUCCGGUGUUUUAGGGGAGUCAUCCAGGUGCAAUGUGAAGAUGCGUUCUGCUGGAAUAGUGAGUAGAAUGGCAACAUGCUGACUUUAUAGAAGGCAGAAAUAGGACUUCCAGAUUCUAGUUUUAGAGUACUCUGGAUUCCAUAUCUAUGUCUAAGAGGUUGGUUUUCUGUUCAUUUGCAAUUUCUCUCUCUGAGUCUGUAAGCAGGAAAGUGUUCUGUUGUGGGAAGAAUAACUAGAAUUGAUAAAUGUGACCUUACAAGUAGCAACUGAUGGGAAAAUAAAAAAGUCAAAUACUUUGGUGUUUGUAAUCUCCAGUUUCACUGAAGGCAUUUGCAGUGGUUUAAGAAGUUGUUUCUGGGUAAGGCAGAUGUUAGGAGAAAGUAAAUGUUACCAUCAUAACUAAAGCUUAUUUAGUAUCAGUUCUAUACUAAAGCGUAACUUAAAUUUUAGUCAUAGUUCUCUAACCAGCAUGCAUUAAUUGAAACUUAAAAUAUUCCUUAGCACUGUGCUAGGUUUAGUGAGAGCUAAAAGAAAUAUAAAAUAUUGUUCUUGCCUACAAGUUGACUCUAAUUUAGUUUAGGACACAUGUAGGACAGAGACAAUAGUAAUUCAUACAUACUUUUUGAAAAGCUGUUUCUAAAAGAUCUUUUAAAUUCAGAUAGAAGACAUAUGACUACAUAAUAAUGUUGCUUUUAUACUGAUUGUUUCCAGUGUUUUGGAUAGAAUAGUUCAUUUCAUAAGGCACCCUAAAUUCUAUGGAAAUAGGACCUUAAAUGAGUCUCCUUCUCAGAGUGUUUUAUUGGAUAGGAGUUUACAACUUUAUGUGUCAUGUUGUGGACGGCUGUGGCUGGAAUACUCACUGGCGGGAGGGGACCAUGGCUCACAACAGUACCAUUAUUUCCAUUUUACAGAUGAACAAAGUGAGGCAUAGACAGGUUAAAUAACUUGCCUAGGUUACACGCAUAGUAAAAGUUGAUGAAGAUGGGAUUUUGAAACUUCACAUGUAUCUAUACUUACAAGAAAAAAAAACCCUCCAGUAAUUCCAUCUCUUAUAAUAAUAACUAACAUUUGAGUAUUACUAUGUGUGUGCCAGGUACUGUUUUAAAUGCUUUACAUAUAGUUUUUCAUGAACUGGUACUAUAGCCCUGAGAUUGACACUACUAUUAAAUAUCUCAUUUUACAGAAGAGUAAAUGAGGCCCCAAAUAACUUGUUCUUGGUAAUGCAGCUUCCGGUAGUGGGAUCCAGCUUCAAACCUAAGCAUUCUGACUCUGGAGCCCCUAUGUGGGAUGGUACCCUGCUCUGCUUCUAUGCCUGAGUGACCAUUGUAUGUAUUUCCCUCUAGUCUUCCUGCUGUUUCCCAUAAUUGUAGUUAUAAUUAGCACCUUGGGUUUUUUUGCUUAAUAAAUGAUAAAUAUUU